AUGUCCCAACAUCUGUUGCUUCAACUUUGGUUCCCCUGGAGAUUCGUCUGGACUCUGUUUGAGAUGACCGCUGCUGCGUCCCAGCUCGUCGACUAUGAGAGUCCUCAAUCGACAACGAUAGCGGGCGACUUUCCUGUCGACGACAAUGUCAUCAGCUGCUUUCCCGUGCGCACCACCGUCUUGUCUGCUAACAAGUGUGGUCAGUCGAAAUGGACGGCGACCGCCCGUCUGGACGUGGAACAGCCUGAUGGUACCCCUGCAACCUUCUUUCUAAAAUGUGCCGUCGGAGAAGCCGGCCGGGUGAUGCUCGAAGGCGAAUUCAACUCCAUGUCAGAGCUAUACAAGACUAUGCCGGAACUGUUUCCAAAACCAUACACCUGGGGGAAGUAUUCAACCUCCUCUGUCGAGACAUAUUAUUUCCUGGCCGAAUUCAUUGACAUGUCUGAUCGCGUACCAGAGCCCGAUCAGCUCUGUUCCAAAUUGGCGAGGCUGCAUAAAACCAGUGUCUCGCCUACCGGAAAAUUUGGCUUCCACGUCCCGACAUGUCAGGGACGGAAUCCUCAGGCGAUUGCCUGGGAGAGUAAUUGGACGACGUUCUUCACCAAUCUGCUUCGUCAUGUUAUUGCACUGGACGAUGCGGAAAAUGGGGCCUGGGACGCUCUCAGCACCCUCGAGGAUCGGCUUCUUGCCGAGGUGGUCCCCUACCUCCUGGAUAACCUCACCAAAGAUGGCCGCGUGCUGAAGCCGUCCCUCAUCCACGGCGAUCUUUGGGAAGGCAACACGGGGACCUCGUACCAGACGGGGGCCAUCUACCUCUUUGACGCCGCCGCCAUGUAUGCACACCACGAGCUUGAGAUUGGGAACUGGAGAUGCAGCUACAACAAGAUCCACCACAAAAUCUAUACACAGACGUACCUCCGCUAUAACGAGCCCAGCGAGCCGACAGAAGAAUGGGCCGAUCGAAAUCGACUCUAUUGCAUUUACUAUAACAUAUUAUACUCGGUGAACCAUCGGGGCCAGGGGAAGGCCGUCCGUCAAACGGCAUUUGACGACAUGUACUACCUCAUUGACAAGUUCGCGCCCUUCCCCGAAGGCCAAGGGCCUGAACGGAUCAAAGAUUCGGAGCGAGCCACACUGUCCGACGAGGGAGACCACACCAAAAGUUGA